AUGUCCGAAGAGGAACCACCAGGUGGAUGGACUGUGGAUGUAUUCCGUCCGUAUGUAGAAGACGCUUUAGAUGAAUGGAAAAGGGGCGAUAUGUUUAUGAAAAUCGGACUGGCUGAAACAGAUACAAUUCUAAAGGAAGGUGAGGCAGCUCCAGCGAAAGGUGACAAAGGACAUCCUUUCAACAAGAUCUUCAGCUUUAUCAUCAAGGAGAUUGCUGCGAAAUUCAAUUUAGUUAAGCAGAAGAAGAAAACUGUGUCCAUUUUGCUACGAAGCCUUGACAAAGAAUGGGAAGCAUUGGUCAAAGCAAAGCAAAUUCAAAGCCCUAUCAAGAAGAAAGGAUCGGCAACAACGGGAAAAGAAUCAUCGGCCAUGGAUGCCAAGGACCAACCCGAAGCAGCAGAAGUCAAAACUGAAAGCAAGGAGAUUGAAGUAAAAGAGGAAAUGAUAGAAAGCCCAGUCCAACACAUGGAUGGGGUUCCUAUUGAUCUCACGCCGAGACAGCUGCAAAUGAAAGAGAAAUUUGAGAAGAGAAAGCAAGAAGUAUUGGAUUCCCUUCCAGGAGAGGUCAAAUCGAAGUUUGGGCAACAGUUUUUUGCGAAAUGGGCUAAAUCUCCCUUACCAGUUCUUGUAUUGAGUCCGUACAAUGUCCCACCUGGCCCUGUCAGAGACAUGUGGUUUGACAUGUAUGAAAAGGUUAAGAAACAAGGUAGGCUGGCAUCAGCUUCCAAUCUAGUCUAUUGGUAUGGAGCGUACGACGAUCCAGCAAACGCAUAUUCCUUUGUCAUCAAGAGCAAGUUAAUACCAUUUGCGAUAGGGGAAAAGAAGGGACUUGGCAAAGUUCCAAAUGCCAUACGGAAGAAACUAGACGAAGGGAAGAAAAUUGGUGGAGCAGACAAGAUGCUGCUUCAAGGGAUUGAAGAAAUGGAAGAGGAUAAGGCCAAAGAGCCGGAUGAUAGACAUGGACGAAUGAACCAAGUCUUCUUGGAAGAUUGGGAGUUCGUGGAGGAAGAAGUGAUUGUGCAGGAAGAGGAGAAAUCUAAACCGAAAGCUAAACCGAAAAAUAAGAAGACAAAGAAAAGGAAAAAUAAGGACGAUCAGGUCGAUCCUGUACCAAAGAAACAGAAGAAGACCAAGAAAGCAGCAGAAGAGCCAAAGCAAGACGAAGAGAAGAAGCCAAAAGUAAAGGAGGGCGAUGGGCCUGCAACUCCUGUGAAGCUAGAGGACAUCGGAGAUAUAGGUGAUAACGAUGUGUCUUCGCAUGAUGAUAAGGAUGAUUUAGAAGACGCCGAACCACCCAGUGAAUCGGAUGAAGAUGAUGAAGAUUUUGAGUACGGAAAGGGACCAGUGAAGAAGCCGAAAACUCAAAAGAAAGUGUUAGCAGCUGCAAAAGCUCCUCCAAAGAAGAAAUCACGGAAAACCAAAACAAAGGUCGAGAGAGGCCGUAAAGAUGGCGAGAAGAAGGUGCCCGAGGGCGAGAGAAGGAGAAGGCAAGAACUUACCAGGUUCACGGCUUGUGAGGACAAGUAUCUCAAGGUUAUCGACGACUGGAAGUAUGGCCUUGAGAAUCAAAGCAAGGGAACCAUCAAAGAAAUUUACGUGAGACUGCUUGACUGUGUUACCAAGUUCUCUGCUCCCUUCAUUGAAGCAUAUGAGAUGCCGGUUCUCAUGAAGCAAUCGAAGAAGAUUGUUGACGACGAAAACCGUUUGAAGCUUUGGAAAACAAUGAAGGAGGUUUACCAGGCCAAGAAGAAAGAGGUUCCAGCUGGAUUCGUGCCACAGAAACGAGUUCGGAAUGUAGAAGUUGCUCCAGAAAAAGAGGUUAUUGAAAAGCCAAAGAGAAUAUCUUCCGUCGAGGAGAUUGCGGAAAGGGACAAAAGUACGAAGGUUCCAACCAAGACCAAGUUUGAGCGACAAGAUGUAUCGUCUUCAGCGCCUACGAAACCAGGGACUCCAGUGGCAACAACAGAAAAGAAGAAGUUUUCGCUGGGUAGCAUAAUGACAAAGCCAAAAUCUACGAACAAACCAGGAGCAACAUCCGGGUUGAUUCGCUCUUUGUCUUCAUCAUCGCAAUUGUCGAAACGGCAAGAAAACCCUCAAUGGAUCUCAGAGACGUCAAUAAAGGAUAUUCUCGAUGACGAGAACAGGUCCUUUGCACUAGAGUUUCUACAACAAGCCACUCCCUUCAUUCCACCAAAUGACAAGGUGAAUUCAGACGUCAUUGCCCGUGAGUUGGAAACAUCCAUUUUCGAAUGGGCCGGUGGAAAAGACGGCGUAGCAGUCACAGAUUGUUUUGUGAAAUACUGGGAUAAAGUGGAUGACAUGGUAGCAGCAAUAAGCGGAGAUGGUGGGAAUGGGACCAUCGCAAGAAUGAUCUCCCAAGGUCGAUUUCAAUCAGCUUCCGAAGUAGUGCGGCUCUCAGAGAAUGACAUUGUAUGCUCCUACGAGGGACGGCCACUAGAAGACUUUAAAUUUGAGUAG